GCCAUUUGUCAGCUUUCUGGACACACAGAAACACACAAGAUGGACUUCCUCCGGCUACACCUCCCUGGGCUGCAUCAGGCCUUGAGGGGGGCACUGGAUUCCUUCAGUGCCUUUUUGUCCUACCUCAUAGGAGAUGAGGUCCCCACUGUACAGCAGGAGGCACAGGUAGCCAAAGAACUGCAGGAGGUAGCAGCAGGAGAGCCAGAGAAGACUGUAGAGGAGGAAGCCCAGGAGGCCCUGGAAAGCCUUAGAGACCGCCGGAGCCAGGGGUUUGGGAAGCCAGGAGAGCCUGGAGAGGCUGGGAGAUGCCCAGAGGGAAGCUCUGCUGCAGAACAGACCUGGGGCUGGGGAAAAGGUAGCUCCCAGGGCUCUCAAGCAGAUAGACAGGACACUGAGACCCGGGAGGCAGCCAGGGCUUCCGGGGACCAGGAGCCAAGUAUACCCCUGGAGGCUGGGAAGAAGUCUGAGGCAGGGUCCAGGGCUCAGCAAGACAGGAGCGGUCACUCCAAGGAAGGACAGGAGCCUGGUGAGCAGGAAGUGAGCAGAGGGGAGACACCGAGACACUGGGAACAUGAGGAGGAGGAGGAAGAGGUCAGGGUGACAGAGCCAGGGAUGGCCAGGGGGGUGGAGUCAGAGUGGACCUGGCACCGAGAGCCUGAGGUGAAGGCGGGCAGUAGCGGGCAGAAGGUGGCAGGGGACAGUGGGGAGACAGAGCAAGUGGUUUCCGAGGCAGCUGCAGAAACUGAAAACUUUGAGGUCAGAGGGCCUGAGAGGGAAGAAGAGGGGGUGGUAGUGGUGAGGAAUGGCCAAAGCAUAGGGACACAGGGGACAGGGGUAGAGUCUGAGGACUGGGCAGCCUUGGGCAGAGAAGAGGCCAGAAUAACCUCCUCAGACAAGGAGCAGAUCGCGGCAGCUUUAGCCAGGGAAGAGUCUGACCUCCCAGGAGUCAGGGAGACCGAAUAUGGGCCAGUCCCAGGAGAAAGGAUCCUGGAAGUUCCUGGGAUCAAGAUUGAAGAAGAGGAGAAGGGAGAGACUGAAGUGAAGCUUUUCCCCCAAGAGACCCAGGUCCUGGGCACUGAGGCAGUUGAGGGCCAGACAGCAGGGAGGGAGGCAGAAGGCCCCGAGUCAGAGGAGGAGGCAGGGGAGGGCUUUGAGGGGGACAUCGAUCAGCACGGGAAAGAGGCCGAGGGGAGGCAAGAUGAGCAGAUCAGGGCUGAUGGAGCUCGUCCAGAGGAGGAGGAGGAGGUACAAGCCAAGGAGGACUGGGAGGAGGAAGGGAGUUGCCUGGUCACAGAGGCUGAGCUGGCCCUGGACAAAGAGGCUCGAGGUGAUGAUGACUUGGAGGCAGCCCCAGAGGCCAGGCCUGAUGAAGAGUUUGUUGAGGAGAGAAGUAAGGAGGCUCAGAGGAGCCAAGAAACAUUGGAGGAGGAGUGGGAUGACCUCAAAUUCAAGGUCACCAAAGGCCAGGAGCCUGAGCUGAUGGGAGGUGUCUUGACCCCAACAGAGCAACCUGAGGAAGGACAGGGGGUUCAGGAAGAACUCGGGAGAGUUUCAGACCUGAGGACAGAGGAGAUGGAGGGGAGGCUGGAGGAACAUUCCAGGCACACGGGGUCUAUAGAUCCUGAGGUCCCUGAGGGAGAAGACUGGGAAAACCAGAGGAGAAGGGACAGGGAAAGUAGUAACAUCCAGGAGGAAAAAACAGAUACUGAAGAUGAGGAGGAGGAGGCUACAGGAGGUCAGGCACUGGAGGCCAAGGCCAAAGGAGGCUGGGAGUCUGACUUGUCAGAGAUCCAAGGAUGUGCAGCCCAGGAGGGGGAGGGCUUUGUAGCAGAAAACCAGGAGCUGCAGGAAAUUCAAGGGGAAGAGGCAGAGAAAGACCAGUCACCAGGAGAAACAGAGGCCAGAAAAACUAAGGAUAGUGAAGUGGAGGCCUCAGGACCAUCGGAGGCAGACCUCACAUCCAGGGGAGGCUGGAGGCUGGAGGAGGCAGCUCUGGGCCUCCAGAACCAGGAGGAUGCACAGACCAGUUCUUUGGCUCCUGAGAUUGUGGAGGAUGAGGCAGUCCUGGUUGUGGGGGCUGCUGGGGCUGAGGAAGGGCCAGAAUUCCAGGAGUCUGGGGCAGUUUGGGUGGGGGAGUAUGGGAGAGGCUGGAACUCAGAAGAGAGAGAGGAGGCUGAGGGAGAGGCAGAGCUGGUGGAGGCUGCAGAGGGAGGGAACCGAGGUGGGCAGGAUUUGGGCCUAGAAGGCUCAGCAGGGGAGGAGGUGACUGGCAGAGAUGGUGAAGCAGAGGCUUUUGAGGCCAGGGCUGGAGAUGAGGCAGGGGUGGGGGGACCUGCCACGGCAGAAGGAAGUGGUGGGGUGGAGGGCGUUACCUCAGGCUCCCAGGCAGCAAGAGCAGAGGGCACUGAAGCCAAAGUGGAGGCUGAGGGGCUCCUGGGAGAGCAGCUGUUGGAAGAGGCUGGGGGCUGGCAAGCCGGAGAGCAGGGGACAGACAGUGAGGGGCAGUGUGGGGACCACCACCCUGAGGGAGAAGGACAAAGGCUGCCGCCUGUGGAGGACUCUGGGACUGGAGGCCAGAGGUCAGAGGCCAAGGAGACGGAUCCAGAAAGCCUGGAGGAUGUUCAAGGCCAAGAGGUGCAGCUGACACAGCAGGGCCUUGUGGAGGUCCUGCCUGGGCUCUCGGACACUGCUGAGGCUGCAGGAAGUGCCAGAGGGGACACUCACGGCAGCUGGUGUGAGGCCUUGCUUCCUGGGCCCCUCCUGGAUGUCUCUGCCCCGAGGAGCCGUGCCCUCCUCUCCCGAAGCUCCUCACAGCGUCGCUCUCGGCCCUCUUUCCGGCGAGUCCAGGCCUCCGAGGAGCCGGAGGACCCUCCUAGCCCUCAGCCCGAGGAGGGACUGUCAGCCCCUGAGCAGAGGCCACUCCAGCUGGAGGAGGCCCCAGAGCCAAGCCCCCCGAGACCUGAAGGGACCCCAGUGCCAGCCAGGAGAAAGACUUUGGGACUCGGGUUUGGCCUGGCACACCCGGGCAUGAUGCAGGAGCUGCAAGCCCGCCUGGGUCGGCCGAAGCCCCAGUGAUUGAGACCUGACCCGGCUGAGCUGGACUGUGAGAGUCACAGGGCUCCCCGGGGACCUGCUCACCCCUGACUCUCUCUGCCACCUGGAUGCAUUCUUCCCACCCUCGGGGCCUGGGUUUCUGGGUGUGUCCUUCAUGGAGUGAACAUAACUAGACAUCUGUGAAGGCCAUGAACUUGAAGAAUCUGACUCUAGACCUCCCGUGCCACUGGGACCGCCUCUCGUGAGUUCCUGUCCCGGUUACCUCCCCAACCGGUCUCAGCUACCCAGAAGACUGCGAGGAGAAGGGGGGGAAUUGGAGAAUUUCCCCACAGCCUUCCCUCUCUGUCCCCUGCAGCCCUCAACCAUACCUGGACCCCUCAGAGAGCCAUAGAGGAGGGGAAGCCCACCCACGGGAAAGAGGUCUGAAGGGCCUCGGGGACACCACUUUGGUCUCCAAGGUCGGUGAGCAGCAGGUCAGCUGCCUUGAGUUUCCAAACUGAUAGUUCAACUUCGGAACUCUGCUGAUUGCUAUGGCAACUGCCAAUUGAGCAGGUCACAGUGGGGGGAAGGUGGACCAGGACACCCGGAAAACGUAGGAGCAGAGAGGGGUUCUGGGUAACCAGAGGCCACCAGCUCCAUUCCAGGUCCUUUGAGUGUCGGACAUCCCUUCUGUGAAAAGAUCUUGAAGCAAAGAGAGAGUGAGAGGGCUUUAUUAGGCACGCAAUGUGGCAGCCUGGCCCAAAGAUGAAACAAUAAAUAAACUCCCUAGGUAAUAAAUAAAUAUCUAAGAAAUAAA